UGCUGACUCCGGGCUCACUGAAGACGCCCUUAGCAACAACACACACACAGCUGCGUCGAAUAAGAUUCUCCUACCGCAGAGAAGACGGAUUAAACAGUGCCGCUUUUAUUGCACAGAGUACAGGUGAAGCUUUUCUGCGAAGGCGAUGCUCCGGUUAUUUCUGCAGCUCACAUGGGGCUACCGCUAGCGAGCUAGCCUAUUUUGGCUAGCCAUCCCCGAAGACGAGCGAAGCGGCCCCAAGCUGUCCAGAAGGAGGACAAUAUCGUGGGGGUUCACCGAGUGGUAGCAUUGCAGCUUGCUAACUACAAAGUCAGCUAACCGGGAAUAAGCACGGGAAUGGUGCUCUGGAUCGACUCACUGUACCGACAGAGAAAGGCGAGGGGCACACGGGUCAGACCACCAAGCUGUAACAUUUGGACUCAAACUAUUUUUAACAGAGGGAGCGGCUGUCGGGCGGGCGAGUGUUUUUGUGGCUGUGCGAGCUAGCUGGCUAGCAAGCAAGGGAAACGACCCCCACCGCCUGCUCAGGUUUUUCACGUUACUGAUCCACGGCAAAGUCAUUAACGUUAAUGCUGUUAAGUUUGCUACGUGACUCUAGUUUGAAUCUUUGUUUUCCACUUUUUUUAUUCGGGAUAUUUUUUCGUCACUUCGGAUGCUGGCAUCACAUAUUAAUUGCAAUCAUGAUGAUAAUAAGCAGAAAACCAGAGGGCCCAAUAGCAACAGCACGCCAUGGUGAUGGUCUUUACGACUCAUACAUGAGGACAGACCACAUCCUUAAAGACGAAGCGGAUACAAACAGUCCGUCUGGGCUGCCCCCUAUGCCCAAACACACAGUUGUCAGUAACAAGGCUGUAAUGAGGGAUCAGGUAACUGUGCGAGGUAGCCAUCUGAAGGUCAAGUAUCUGUAUGAAGACUCCACCAACAACCGAAAGGUCAACGCCAUAACCACAGCAACCACUCACAACAGUGGGACCACAGGUCAGACGCCCAGUAAACCUGCCCCGGUCUCCAGCCUCUCCAAGGAGCACAGUGUAGACAGCACUGAAUCCAGUAAGGGCUCCAGUGAAUCCUCUGGCCCUCACGGAGUUGGGAAUGGAGGCAACAGUGGGAAGCUGUGUGGCCCUCUCACUCCUGACCAAGCUCUGAGACUGUACCGAUCUCAACUGACCAGCCUAGAGCAGACGGAGAUCCACUCCUACCCAGACAUCUACUUUGUGGGACCCAAUGCCAAGAAGAGGGCUGCCGUCGCUGGAGGCAACAAUAACUGUGGCUACGAUGAUGAGCAGGGUGGAUACAUUAAUGUCGCCCAUGAUCACGUGGCUUACCGCUACGAGUUCCUCAAGAUCAUCGGUAAAGGUAGCUUUGGCCAGGUGGCUAAGGUAUACGACCACAAACUGCAGCAGCACCUGGCUCUGAAAAUGGUGCGCAACGAGAAGCGUUUUCACCGGCAGGCACAGGAGGAGAUCCGCAUCCUGGAGCACCUGCGCAAGCAGGAUCGUAAUGGCACAAUGAAUGUUGUGCACAUGCUUGAAAACUUCACCUUCCGCAACCACAUCUGCAUGACGUUUGAGCUGCUGAGCAUGAACUUGUAUGAGCUUAUCAAGCGCAACAAGUUCCAGGGCUUCAGUCUGCCACUGGUCAGGAAGUUUGCCCACUCCAUUUUGCAGUGCCUGGAGGCCCUGAGCAGGCACAGAAUCAUCCACUGUGACCUCAAGCCGGAGAACAUCCUGCUCAAACAGCAGGGUCGCAGCGGCAUCAAGGUGAUUGACUUUGGCUCCAGCUGUUUUGAACACCAGCGGGUGUACACCUACAUCCAGUCUCGUUUCUAUCGAGCUCCAGAGGUGAUCCUUGGUUCACGUUACGGCCUUCCUAUCGAUAUGUGGAGCUUCGGCUGCAUACUGGCUGAGCUGCUGACUGGCUACCCCCUGUUCCCCGGUGAGGACGAGGGUGACCAGCUGGCCUGUGUCAUGGAGCUGCUGGGCAUGCCUCCGCAGAAGGUCCUGGAGCAGGCCAAAAGAGCAAAGAACUUCAUCAACUCUAAGGGCCACCCUCGCUACUGCGGAGCCAACACCCUGCCCACUGGUGCCACUGUGCUGACAGGUUCUCGCUCCCGCCGCGGAAAGAUGAGAGGUCCGCCAGGUAGCAAGGAGUGGAGUGCUGCGCUCAAGGGCUGCGAGGACCCCACCUUUACUGACUUCAUAAAGAAGUGUUUGGACUGGGACCCCUCGUCUCGUCUCACCCCUAGCCAGGCCCUCAGACACCCUUGGCUGUAUCGGCGCCUACCUAAGCCCUUACCGGGGACCGAGAAGAGCCAAGGGGCCACGGUGAAACGGCUCUCUGAGCAUCACAGCACCUCCUUCCCUUCUAUCCUGGCAAAAGGGGGGCCUGGCUUAGGCACCACAGCUGCCAACAACAAACUGAGGAGCAACAUGAUAGGAGAUUCAGGGGAGGGCAUACCUCUUCGCACGGUCCUACCUAAACUUGUCUCUUAGAGAGAGAGUCCUGUAUCUCCUCUCUUCCACUUCUUCCUCCUCUGCACUCCUCAGGAGGAGUCAGAGUACAGGAGAAAGUGGAGACUAGGUUUUAAAACUCGUUUGGUUGUUCUUUUAUUUGUUUUCCUACUGAGAGGUGUCGACACCCCAGUUCCUGGUUUUUAAUAUUAGCUGAACAGAGUGUGAGAGAGAGACAAUAAAAGAAACACUCAACACAAAAAAAAAAAAAAAAUGUUUUUAUACAGCGGAUUUCCUUGAGCGGCUGUGGAGUUUCUGUAUACAGCCAUUGAUGAGGUUUGAUUUAGAAAACGCUUAAUAAAAACGUCCUCGUGUGAGUGGACAGCUUCGUAAAUGAGUAAAUGUUUUUAACCUCAAGUGAGUGGUGUGAUUAAGCAAAACAGACUCAAGCACACCUGCACUGUCACUUGCCUCACUUCACACUCUUUCCAAACACUCAAAGAGCGCCACCCUUUCUUGGGAAGUGUUUAUUGUAUGAGUGAAACUUGAAAAGGGCUACAGAGAUUACUCUUAUCACGUUAGAGUUAGCAGCAAGCAAAGAUUUGUUCAGCCAACAUAAUUUAAUAGAAAAAAAGAAUCCUGCAUCAUGUGCGAUUGGCAUUAUGUAGUGAAGAAUUAUGAAAAAAAAAAUGUAGCAACAGGUCUUCACUUCUUUGUCUUUUUUUUUUUUUACCUUUCCUGAUACCUGGUGCUUGCAUGUCAGCUCAGUAUGUGACGUUAGUAUGUGUGUGUGCUUUGGCUUCGUGGUGCUACUGUGGGAGAGAGGGCGUUAGCCAACCUAUUUACAGUCCCCUUUGCUUCCCAACUCCCCCUUUUGAGUGAAAAUAAUGGGGGGGGGAGGACAGUAGCUCGAACUGUCACAAAGGUGUCACCAUCACACUCAGUACUUCACAAACUGAGCCUGCCGUGUGAGGCUGACACACAAAAACUGAUAUAUAUAUGAGAGAGAGAGAGAUAGAAAGUUGGCUGUGGAAAGUUAAAUUUGUAUGAAUGUCACCUGUCCAUGCCCCAUAAUUGGCUGCUGUGGUUGUUGGCAGUGGUGCAUUAAUUCUAAUGGAACAAUAGUGCAAGGUGAGAUAGAUCAUGGGAUAAAAUGAACACCGGUAUGUUUAAUAUGAGCCAAGAUGUUUUUUUUUUUAUUUCACGGGGAGGUGUAGAAGAGUUGACAGGACGGGCCAGUGACAAAGGCGGGUUUUUAUGGUACUGAAGAAAGAAGUGUUUCUCAGGGAGACAUAACUUGAUACAUCCCUUAAGCUUAUAUUAACUGUGUUCCACUUACAGUCCCCUGUCCCAACUAUGGAUGAACAUGCAUGCAGUUCAGUCCACUGAGAGCGAGAGAAUGCAUAUACGAGUGUGUCUGGGAAGGGGGUCUGCAUGCUCCACAAUCUGACCUAGAUUCUCUCUCCUCCCCCCCACCAUCUCUUUCUCUCUUGUUUUCUCUCACUCUUGUCUCAUGUAGGCCAGGGAACCUCUUAAACUCACACAUUUAUAGUGAAUUACGGUGCUGUCCAAAACACACAGACACACACGUCAGGUGCACGUUGUAUGGACCACAUCGCUCAAAGAGUUAAUUCUCUCGCCCCUCGUUUCCCAAGUGAAUCUGUCAGGAUUUUCUACUGUUUUUUUUUUUUUUUUUUAUAGAAGUGAUUUCUAUUCGCUAUUCAGUCCAGAAUAUCAGAGGAUGUAAAACACAAAAGCGUAAAAAGAGAAAGCAUUAUACUGUCAUGUUGUACCUAGUGGUGUGCGUUAGUAGGAGGGUGUUUGGUGUUCCAGCAUGAAAUCACAACCUGUUAUCAGACUGAGUGACUAUGAGAAGAGAAACUGUACAGUAACCAAAUGAAGUUAUAAUAGUUUCUUUUUCUAAAGAAAAUAAAAAUGAUUAACUGAAA